AUGUCAACGCCCAGAAGACAACGCAGCGAGUACCUGAAGAACGGGUGCAAGGAGUGCAAGCGUAGGAAGAUCAAAUGUGACGAGUUCAUCAAUCCGCCGCCCGAAGCGAUCAGGAAAAUCAACAAACAGGGCCGUGUCGCCUGCUGGCAGUGCACGAGGCUCCGCAAAGAGUGUGAGUAUCCUUUGAAAGGUGAAAAAGUGGCCAGAGUCAGCCGCAAGGCCAUGAUGGAGCAGAAGCGCCAGGAGCUGGUCACGGAAGCUUCGAACGAAAUGACCAAUUACCCUUCAAACAACAUUCUAAGCCCUCAAAACGGUCUGGCCAACCUCUCUGGAUUAGCCUACCCUCAAGGACUCAGCUACCCGAACUACCAGAACAACCACGGUUACUCUUCAGCCAACUGCAUCAACGGUUAUGCCAAUGGACAGCCUUAUAACAUGCCGUACGGCAAUAUGCCAUAUUCCAACGGCAACUGGGCGCCCAUGAACGUCACCAACGGCUCGCUCUGGCCUCCUACGCAUCCCCAUAUGGAUAUCAAGCCGCAGCUUCCUCGUCCAGACGUGCCUAGCCAUCUUCCUACGCCGGUAAACCGUCCAGAAAUCACUUCUCUGGCCACGGCGUCGUCUACAACGGAACCUCCAGAACACGACGACCGCGUAGACCCGCCAUUUGAUGGUCUUUCUUUUUACGACCAGCUGGAUCUCACUUUGCUUGCUGCUGACCUUAAUAACCUCGUUCUGGAUAUGAUUUACGAGGUCAACUACGAGCCUAAAGUGUAUACGGACCUGGAAUCGCAGCCCACGCCGCCGACGCCAAACUCUGAGGAUAGCGAAACCAACUACUACGACUAUAUUCCACGGAAUUUGGGGUUAGGGUACAUUGAGGUGAAGAAACAGACGGAAAAAACGUUUUUGCACGAGUUUUACCGGGAGUUUGCCAACAUUAUUUUACCAUUCAAUGCUUACGACUCCCCGGCCCGCCAGUUCUUCAACCCAGCAAGAGAUAUUCUUCUUAAAUGUGCCCAUAAAGAGCCGUUCUUGUUGGCUGCCGUGCUAGCUCAGGGCGCCAGAUCGGUAUUCACGAAACUGGCCGAUCCAGAAGACGAACAAGCAUACUAUUCGUACCUUCUGAGAUGUCUCAAGCUUCUAGGGCCUGCUUUGGGCGAUGCUGGGAAGAACGGGUUGGCUUUGGUAUCGAAUAUCGAAGCUGUGCUUUUAACAGUCCUUCUUCUUACGUCUUCCAAUGCCGUUAACGCUAAGCAAAACUGGAGACCACACCUUCGAGGCGCCAAGGAUCUUCUUUUAAAGCAUAACAAGAACAGGCCGCUUACCAGGAAGCUGAAAGUGUUGAUUUUCUGCAAAUACUGGUUUGUUUCGUUUGAAAUUUUGGCCGGUUUGGGCUCCAAACUCGGUGGAACCGUCCAUGUGGACGAAGAACUUGAUCUUCUUCUAAACUACGCUGAUCCUUACGAAGUUCAAGUACUCACCGAACUAGGACUCAUUUUGCCCAACGGAUUCAACCUCAUUGGCGGCUACCACAACGACUGUGUGCCCCAUUUACGUGAUUUAAUCAAGCUUUUAAACCGAGGCCGUCGUGCCGUCAAAAAGAGCCUGGAAAACGGCAUUUCCACUACGGAUUCCAGUCCUGGCGCUGUUUCUGGCGCUGGGAAAGUGCCUCUGGUUGCUGUCCAGCCUACAGAAUGCAUCCGACUUCUUGGCGAGUUCGAAAAAGAACGCAACAAGGUGUUUUUCUCUGAACAGACGGUCAUGGCGCCCGACGAGUUCCCCAACGGCGUCAUUCCACAAAGCUACCUUCUAGAUCUGGCAACUAUCGAUGGUUCUCGCAAGAUCGUCAGCUGGCUGGACAUUUCCCAGCAACUGUACUGUUAUGCAGCGCUAAUUACGCUUUUGACUGACUUUUUAGGCGUUUCUCAUGCCCUGGCGCCGGUUCAAGACCUCACACAUCGUCUUCUUUCGCUUGUUUCGUUUGUGGAGCCGCCAAACGGCGACCCUGUGCUUUUCAAGUAUGCCAUUUUGAUGGUUCAGUGGCCAGCGUCGGUUGCUGGGCUCAAUGCAGUUGAUUCGGGUGAUGUGGCGAUGGUGGAAAAGUUCUUUAGCGUGGCUUCCCAAGUUGGAUCUGGAAGUGCUGGUCAUUCGCUUAAGAUGAUUAAAAGGCACUGGAAACGCCGUGAAAUGGCUGCUCUGGAUGAUAGCGAGGAAGAGCAAGUUGAUGUGGUGAACUAUUAA